ACUUUUGAAGUGGAAUCAGACGUCGCCAAUACAUGCGCCUGUGACAUCAAGUGCAGAGGCUAAUUAACUACUUUCAUCAUGAAGGGCUUCUCGAGCCUCACGAUUAUUCUCUUACUGGGCGUCUGCUCAGGACUUUGCCACGGCUCAAGUUGUGCGAACUUCACUUUUCCGAACAUCCUGGACAUCGGCAAGUGCCUGAAGAAAUCUGGAGAUCUAUGCACCGCCAAAACGGACGGUAUCGCUGAAUUCUUGUCAGACCUUGGACGGUGCAUAUUCCAAGGCCUGGCCACCUUCGAUUUGGCAUCUCAAACAUACUUGCUCUCCGAGUUCGUGAAGUACCUACUGGCGAGAAAUGAUUUCAGUGCCGGGUCAUCGUUUCUCAUUGACCUUUGCAAGAGCAUCAACGCUGCGACAGGAGGUGUCAUCAAGAUAUCAUGCAGUGCCGUGAAGUUUAGCAAACAGGCGGUGUGCGGAAAGCCUAUUGACAUCAAGCUUGUAACAGACACUCCUUUCGCCACGUGCUUGAAGGAUACUGGACUUACCUGCGUCCAAAACAAGCCAGUGGAUGAGCCAGCAUUGCUCGGAACCCUAAGAGUUUUGGCGUGUCUCGUCAGCUACGUUUUCACCACCGCUCCCGCGGACAUUGUGACACAGCUUGGCUGCGACUUCGUGACCUUCUUCGCCAGAAUAUUUGGACCGGCUGGAUACAUCACCUUAAGGCCUUUUCUCUGCGCGUUUCAAAAGGGCCUCAACAUCAAAUGUUCCACUUUGACAUGCUAGAGUCGCCACUGUAUGUCAUGGCUCUGCAUUUAAAUUUCCCUCCGGGUCUGAAAUAAAGAUCUGGUCGCCUUUGA